AAUAAGGCGUGUUUGUGAGACAGUUUUUGUAAAAAUUUCAAAUCCAAGAAGAACAAGCUGAAACAGCAUUUCCCAAAAUGGAGUGUAAAGUAAACAGAAGAGAGAAAGAAAAGGAAUAUGAAGGGAAACACAACAGCCUGGAAGAUGCUGACCAAGGAAAGAACCGCAAAUCUGCACUGAUGACCCUCAACGUGGGGGGAUAUUUAUACAUGACUCAAAAGCAAACACUGACCAAGUACCCCGACACUUUCCUUGAAGGAAUAGUAAAUGGGAAAAUCCUCUGCCCGUUGGAUGCUGAUGGCCAUUAUUUCAUAGACAGGGAUGGGCUCCUCUUCAGGCACGUCCUAAACUUCCUACGAAACGGAGAACUUCUGCUGCCCGAAGGGUUUCGAGAAAAUCAACUUCUCGCACAAGAAGCAGAAUUCUUUCAGCUCAAGGGACUGGCAGAGGAAGUGAAAUCCAGGUGGGAGAAAGAACAGCUGACAUCCAGAGAGACUACUUUCUUGGAAAUAACAGAUAACCAUGAUCGCUCACAAGGACUCAGAAUCUUCUGUAAUGCUCCUGACUUCAUAUCAAAAAUCAAAUCUCGCAUUGUUCUGGUGUCCAAAAGCAGGCUGGAUGGUUUUCCAGAGGAGUUUUCAAUAUCGUCAAAUAUCAUUCAAUUUAAAUACUUCAUAAAGUCUGAAAAUGGCACUCGACUUGUACUGAAGGAAGACAACACCUUUGUCUGCACCUUGGAAACUCUUAAGUUUGAGGCUAUAAUGAUGGCUUUAAAGUGUGGUUUCAGACUGCUGACCAGCCUGGAUUGUUCCAAAGGGUCAAUUGUUCACAGCGAUGCACUUCAUUUUAUCAAGUAAUUACCUGUGUCACGAACAAAGGCAACAAGCAUGCAGCCAGCAAGCUUCGGAAAACCACAGCAUAAAGGCAUCCCAAAUAAUGUGCUAGCUCUGUACUGAGAGCCCUGCCGCUAAUCAAAUACUGUGAGCUAACGGUAUGUAAA